AUGUAUGUCCUCGAGGUUCCCGGCCACCACCACGCCAGCUGGGGCACAGACUCCAACCCCGAGGAGGUGCGGCACGAGCUACUCAACAACCCCACCACCUACGGGCUCGUCUUGACGAUAGCCAUAAUCUCCUUCGCCAUCUUGAUGGUGCGCAUCAUUGACUGCCUCCGACCCUGCAUCGCGCCUGACGACGUCCGCUGGGAGGAGGAAGAGGACGAGGAGGCGCAGCCCUGGGACCUCACCCUCACGGCGGACGGUGACCUGCUCGACAACAACGGGUCCGGCGGGCGGUCUCGCCGGUACGGGACGUUUUACACGGAUAAUGGUUCCUGGUAUAACGCUGACGGAACGGAAAUGAGCUAUCACGAAUGGAUCGAGGCCGUCUAUGAUCCUCUCGACUGA